AUGGCACAGUCGCCCAUUCGAAUCGACACGGACAUUCAUGGGACUAAACGAGGACUUCCGUACGAUGGGUCUGAAGGAUCGGAUUAUGUGCCGGUAGGGGACGAGGAUCAGGUAGAUACACAGACAACAGCUCCUGUUCCAGGACUGCCGCCGUUCUUGAAUCUACCCUAUACAGAAAUACGAAAGAAAUUCGAAGAUCUCGAAUGGCUCCAACGCUCACGGAUAGCAGAAGGCGCAAUGUCCAAAGAUCCCUCACACAGAUGGGCUCUUGAGACAAGCCCAGAAGUCAAAGCACGGAAUCGUUACCAGAAUGUCCAAGCUUGGGCGAAUUCGCGCAUCCGAUUAAAGGUCCCUGAGGGACAGUGCGACUUUAUCAAUGCAUCACCAAUCAUACUGAAGGAUUCCCGCACGGGCGAUGAGACGAGGUAUAUUGCUACGCAGGGCCCAAAAGUCGGCGUUCACUUGGCGCAUUUCUGGCACAUGGUGUUCCACGAAAGCGCAGAUGUGGCGGUGAUCGUUAUGUUAACACAGACAGUCGAGGCUGGAAGAGAGAAAUGCGCGCAAUACUUCCCAUUAGACGAGGACGAUGCUGUUAUGACCUUUCCGGCGGAGGCGGUCGAUUCUCCGGGCAGUGAUCAAGAUGCCCAACAGGAAGAGGAGGAGGAGGAGGAAGAAGAAGAAGAAAAAGAGACAGGACAGGAUGCCAACCACCCAGAAAUAUCGGGAAGCAUUACACUUCGCGAGCAUCAUUUCGACGAGGCAUGUCGAUCUGAGAUCCGGAAAUUGGAAUUACAGAUAGGCAACGAAAGCAAGACUGUAUGGCACUUCCUGUUUGGAGGAUGGGCGGAUUACUCAAAACCUGAAGGAGAAGACCGUGAAGCACUUCUACAACUCUUUCAGCGCACAGCGGAGAAGUCAUCCCUGAAGAACCCCCGCAUAGUCCACUGCAGUGCAGGAGUUGGUCGGACUGGUACAUUCAUUGCCCUCGAUCAUCUUUUACGAGAACUGGACUCUGGCGAACUGCUGAGUCCCAAAUAUUUUAUCGAAGACCCGAUUUAUGAAACGGUCAACCAAUUACGAGAGCAACGGAUGAUGAUGGUUUACAAUGAGAUGCAGCUACAGUUCAUUUAUGAAGUCAUUAGAGAACAAAGCAUCCAGAAGUUGGGAGUCUCACUGGGCGAUGAGAUGAGUCUAGACUUGCGGUCGCCCAAAGUUGCGCGAUUGUCGGGGGACGAGAACUAUACAGUUUCGGACAAGCCAGAAUUGGAGCCUAUAACCAACGAAGGCAAUCCGGUUGCAGAAAGCCCCGUGCAGUCUCCAGCGACUUCAGAUGAUGAUUAGCGAGGGCGGCUGAUUGCACCCAAAUACAUUGUUUCCUUACCUACAUACAUACGAUGCCCAUGAUUAUCUAUAGAUCUCAUACGAUACUGCCUUCAU